AUGAAUGGGCGGGCACCGAAACGUCCACGGGAACCUGGACCCAGUGAUUGUUGUGGAAGCGGAUGUUCAAGGUGUGUCUGGGAUGUUUAUUUCGACGACCUCGCAAAGUAUGAGGAAUUUGUUAAGGACUUGAGCGGGCAAGGAAAAGAGACCGGGGGGGAUGAAGAUGACGAGUUUGGGUCAUCCUCACACGAUGACGAUGACGAUGAUGAUGAUGGCGAAGCCCAUGAUUUCGUUGGUUCUGUUGUGAUUAAGUACGUGGAUGCUCCUACGAAUGAAGAAAGGGUUAUAACACCGUUGGUAGCAGUAUCAAAAAAAUUGGAGCGUUUUUUGCCUAUUCAUGAUGUUCAAUUGGUAUCGAGCAGUAGUUCUCACGAAUUUGACGGUAAUACUUUGAAGGAGGGUCAAGGACAGGCUGUACAAAUCGUUGAUGUGCUAUUAGAGAACAGCUGCGAGCUCAAGAGACCAAUGAAUUUCAUCACACCUUCACCGGGG